AUGGUGAAGGCCACAGACAACUGGGCCAAGGGCAACGUGCUGGGCAAGGGAGCAUUUUGCAUCGUGUACAAGGGGUGCUUGCCACAGGGGCAGACGUGGGCCAUCAAGCGCUCCACUGUGAUGACCAACGACUUUGAAAUGGAGUGCCUGGUGAAAGGAGCAGCGAAAAACCUCGCGUACUUGCAUGGGUUCAAAGUGCCCAUCAUCCGCAACACCCUAUGUGCACCCAUUUCUGCAACCAAGAUGGUGGAGGACUAUCAGGUGAUUGGCAUGAAGGACACCAAGCUAGACGCAACUGAGGAGGCCGUUCUUGCCAUUGUAGACCUGGCUCUCGACUGCAUCAAAUCGCCAGGUGCUCGCAGGCCUGACAUGAAGGACAUUGCAUACCGUCUCACAGCGCUCAUUGAUAAGUACUGCUCGGACAAGCAGUCAGAAGUAGAGGAAGUAACGGGUAAAGCAGUAGAUGAGAUUCCCUCCGACUCUUCUGUAGGGACUGGCACAAUCUCACAGACUUCCACCAUGAGCCUUGGAUCUUUUAUUAAAGGCAUGGGUAGCUGGCUGGAGAAGAGGCCAAGCUGA